AUGUCCUCUCAACCGCGCCCGAAGCGGGCAGGUGAAGACUUUACGCGCACACACCACCAUGAUGAAGACGAUCUGAACGGCCCAUCUGAACACAAGAAGCCACGCUUCGAUCUACGGAAUCCCUCCAAUCUUGCACCGGACGCGCUCGACGAUGACCCGGUAUUAGACGCAGACGAGAUCGGCCGUCGCGGACAACAAGUGCGCCGCAAGGCCGUGAACCUCGAUGGCUACGAUUCCGACAGUGAAAAUGAAGGGUUCAGCGCGCGGAUCGAGGCCAAGGCGAAGAGGAGUCGCGCGAAACACGACGCUGAAGACGAUGACAUGUUCGCGGAGCUCCAGGAAGAUUUCGGCGCCGAAGAAAUAGAUGCCGAUGAGGCACUGAGGAAGAACAAGAAAACCGUGCGUUUCUUGCGAGAUGAUGAGAUUGAGGGUCAGGUGGCUUCAUCGAAAGGUGGAGUGACAUUGCGCGCGGAUCUGAACGCAACAGGGGACACAGUCGAGGAGGAUGAGGUGGAAAGUGAGAGCGAUGUUGCAGACGAAGACCGUGCGAGGCUCGAGGAGGGCAUGGACGAGGAAUUAGGUGCCGGAGCUAAAAAGAAGCAUGCGCCACUGCUAGAUGCGUUCAAUAUGCGUGCCGAGCAAGAAGAGGGUAAAUUUGAUGAUCAGGGAAAUUAUAUCCGAAAAGCAGCAGAUCCCGACGAGAUUUAUGAUUCUUGGCUGGAGGGAGACCCUAAUAACUCACCUGCAACGGGGAGAAACAGCUCUAGAGGCUUUGGCAAGGAUAGGCAAAGCGGCUCCAAAGAAACCGAAAUGGCAAGCCAAGAAGAACAAGAACCGGUCGAAGCAAAACGGGCCCAACCAGAGGAUACCGAAAUGACGGAAGACGACCCCAAUGAGGCUUCUCGAAAGCAGGCGAUAGAGACCAUUACCGGCGCGGCGGAUAUCCUCAUGACACGGGGACAAACAGAUAUCUACGACACAGAGCGUGAGAUGCUCAAAAGACAGUACCGUCAAGAAACAGGCGAGGACUGGGUCGAUCCUCCCUCGGAGUCCGCUGCUCCCACCGGUGCUGAAGAAGAGCCUGUAAUGUGGCAAUUUCGUUGGUCUGACGCUCGAGACGGCGGUGUCGAGCAUGGUCCAUAUGACAGCCAGACAAUGGAGUCUUGGAAGAGUGCUGGCUAUUUCGGCGAGGGCGUCGAAUUUCGAAAAGUCGGCGAUACAGGAGACUGGACGAGCGAGGCCGCUUUCCUAUGA